UUUAACACUGAGAGGGGAGGAAGAGAGCGUUAUAUGGGUUAGCUAAGCUAGCGUUAGUUAACCGUAGCUAGCGGAACGUUAGUAAGAGUGAAUGGGACUGUAAACAAAGAGUGUCGCUGUGGGAGUUAAUAGCUAGCUGGGUUAGCUAACCAGCUAACCGCUAAUAACAAUACUUUUAUAUCGUUAUAUAGGUUAUUUUAGCGUUUUUAAUAAAUUGCACUAGUUGACACUGACUACAGGAGCUUCGCUAUAUUAUUAGAACCUAAUAAUUAGUCAGUGGUGAUGGUUAACACAUAACAAGCCAUGAUCCGGAUAGCUGCUCUUAAUGCAGCCUCUCAGACUGCAGAUGAACAUGAGGAUCACUUUCGAAGCGCUAAACCCAGUCAGACCAAGGAGGCUCAGGAGGCAGAGGCAUUUGCCCUGUACCACAAAGCUCUUGACCUACAGAAGCAUGACAAGUUUGAGGAGUCGGCCAGAGCUUACCAUGUGCUUCUUAAGACACCGCUGCUUAGGGAGGCGGUGGCGUCGGAAGAUGAGAAGGUCGGGCUCAAACACCCGGGGUUAAUGCUGAAAUAUUCCACCUACAAAAACCUGGCCAGUCUUGCUGUGCUUAGGGAUGACCUGGACACUGCCAUGGACUUCUAUGUGGAGGCUGUUAUGCUGGACUCUACAGAUGUGAACAUGUGGUAUAAGCUGGGUCAGGUGGCUCUGAGGAGAGUCAGUAUCCCAUUAGCUCGUCAUGCCUUCGAGGUGGGACUGCGCUGUAAUCCUGACCACUGGCCGUGCCUCGACAGCCUCAUCACCGUCCUCUACACACUCAGCGACUAUAGCUGCUGCCUGUACCACAUCUGCAAGGCUCUGGAGAAGGACAUAGGCUAUACUAAAGGUCGGGUCCUGAAGGAGAAGAUCUUUGAGGAGCAGCCUUGCCUCAGACGAGACUCCAUGAAAAUGUUCUCAAAAAUUGAUAUGAUGGGAUAUCAAGGUGAGAUUGAUGAGGAGGAAGCUCACAGCAUUGUGGAGGAGGCUCUGGAACUGAGGAGACAAAGACAAGCCAAGCUGACCCCACAUCACCGGCCAGACCUUCAGUUGGUGGAGCCCAUCAAGCGCUUUACCUGGAAAAGUGUGGGGGACAGUUUCUUGGCCAUGUAUAAACACCAGAACGAGUGCUUGGUUCCCCGACCCGACUUUGGACGAAGAAUCGACCUGUCCAUGUACAAGGACCCAGACUGCCUUGCCCAGACACUUCCUACCACCACGACCACCACCACCACCACCAUGCCAGCUGCUGAUACUCUAUCCACUGCUCCGCUUCCAGCUCCUGACCCUCCACAGCCAGCCCAGUUCACCCCUGCUCCCCUGCCUGAGCUCCCCCCUCCACCUCAGCCUGGCUCCAGCAGCCCCAGCUCCAGCUUACCCACACCCUGUGAGCUUCCUGUUCAGCUGCAGGUGCCGGUUGGCUCCCUGGUACAGUUCUCACAGAACCAGAACAUCAUGGAGAUCGGCGCUGCUGCUACAGUGACUACUACUGUUGCUGCUGUGAAUGGAACUACUGUUGCUGCUGCUGCUUCUUCAGCUCCCCCUGUUGUACUCGACCCAACACUGAAUGAUAAAGCCAAGAGAGCACCCAAAAGAAAGAGAGUGAUUGAGGACUGUGCAGAGACCGCCAAGAGACGUUCGGCACGAGUCCGCAACACAAAGUGCAAGAAGGAGGAGAAGAUUGACUUCCAGGAGCUGCUUCUUAAGUUUUUACCGCCAAGGCUGAAGAAGUUUGAUGCUGAUGAUGAUGAUGAAAGCUUGAGUAACAUGGAGACCCAGUGUGACACUAAACCUGCCUCCCAGCUGAAUCAGGGUGCUGGCUCCAACCUUUCUGAUUACAUCGGCUCCGUGGAGACAGAGCAUAAGGAAGUGCACACAUUUCUGCUGGCUAAUAUGCAGAAUGGUGGCAUCCUGGAGCUUCUAUUACGCUACCUGAAGGCCAUAGGGAAGAAGUUUUUGGAAGAGUGGCCUCCUGGUCUGACCGGAGUGGUCCUGGAUAUUUACAGCUGCUGGAGGAAACACAGCGCAGGGCUGCCCAACCCACUGCUCCGAGAUUCCACAAACCAGCACAUCAAGGAGAUGAUGAUGAUGAGUCUGUCCUGUAUGGAGCUGCGGUUGGAGCAUUGGUCUCGCACCAAGGGAAAAAAUACUUCUCAGAGGAAGAGUAUGUCCUCGGGUGAUCAUGGGGAUCUGGACAGCCAGGAAGCUCGAUUUCAGACUGACCUGUUCGUGAUAACGAUGGCCUCCUCUCAGAGGGAUGUGUUUGAGAAGGAUUGGGUCUCUUUUGCAGUCAGAGCCCACUGGCUUAAGGCUCGACACCUCGCUUUUCAGGGUGACAUGGAGGAGGCACUGGAGGGUUAUGAUGUAUGUGUGGGUCUACUGAGGUGCCAUUCUCAAAGCAGCGAUGGGGAAAAACUCACCAUCAACCUUCCCAACCUCUGCGUUGAUGCAGUAAUUACUGUAGAGGAGAUCGAGAAGAAGCUGAAGUCUCUGGAGAGGUGUCAGUCACUGGAGGAGAUUCAGAGGCUGUUUGAAAGCUCUGAUUAUCAAUCCGUGGUCCGAUUACUCCAGCCCACACUGAGCUGUGGGCCCAGUUCAAUCCGGCCUAAACCGCUGGAGUACAUCAGCUCAGCUCCUGAGAGACCAGCACAGCUGCUACUGCUGCAGAGCUCUUUGUUGCGCCUGAAGGACUUUAAACAGUGCUUAGAGAGUUCGGAGGUGGCACUGAAUGAAGCCGUGCAGCACCUGAACGCUCCAUUGUCCAGCAGCCCCCCCACCAAAGAGGAGUGGGUGGCGACGGUGACGGCCAUGCUUCGCGGGAUAGAGCAGUGCAUCAACGAGCAGCCGCAGCUCCUCGCCAGCACACCUCAGCCUACCAACCUGCCGCGCCUCGCCAGCAACCUCAUACAGCUGAUAGACCUCAGCAUGGUGUUGCCUGAUGACCCCAAGGAGCCUCACUUUUCCUCCAUGCUGCCGUGGAUGCUGCUGUACCACCUGCUCAAGCAAGAUGAGGCUGAGUUCGACUGCAUGCUCCGCCAGCACGGUGCUGAUGAAGAUGACGAUGAUGAUGACACUCCGCUGUUACCCUACUCUCUGAUGCUGUUGAACACAGCCCAUGAGUACCUGGGCCGUCGCUCCUGGUGCUGCAACUCUGACGGAGCUCUGCUCAAGUUCUUUGUGCGUAUGCUGAGGCAGAAGCUAGCUGAAGGAGAAACUCUUCCAUAUAAGGAGGAGCUGGAGACGGCAUUGGAGCAGUGCUUCUACUGUCUGUACUCGUACCCUAGCAAGAAGAGCAAAGCACGAUACCUGGAGGAGCACUCUGCACCACAGGUGGAGCUUCAAUGGAGCGAUGCUCUGUACAUGUUUGAGUACUUUAAGCCUAAGACCUUGCCGGAGUUUGACAGCUAUAAGACGAGCACGGUGUCUGCAGAUCUGGCGAACUUGCUGAAGAGGCUUUCUGGAAUCAUCCCCCGCUCAGACGAGCCCACGCUCUCCAUCGACGAAGUGUCAGCAUACAUAGAGGGAGGCGCAAUCAAGGUGCCAGCCCUUCCUGAAGGAUCACCUCCAGCGCCCCCUCUGGUCAACGAGUUGUUCUAUCUGCUGGCCGACUACCAUUUCAAGAACAAGGAGCAAUCCAAAGCCAUCAAGUUUUAUGUGCAUGACAUCUGCGUGUGCCCCAACAGGUUUGACUCGUGGGCAGGAAUGGCUUUGGCUCGAGCAAGUCGUAUUCAGGACAAGCUGAACUCCAACGAGCUGAAGAGUGACGGGCCCAUCUGGAAGCACUCUCUGCCUGUUCUCACCUGUUUCAAGCGGGCGCUGGAGAUUGACAGCUCUAACCUGUGUCUGUGGAUUGAAUACGGCACCAUGUCCUAUGCUCUGCACUCUUUCGCCUCUAGACAGCUCAAACAGUGGAAGAAUGAACUACCAGGAGAUCUCGUCAAACAGAUGCAGGAACGCAGGGAUUCGAUGCUGGAGACGGCGUUCCAGUGCUUCAAGAGUGCAUCUGCAUGUGGGGGGGACUGUAAUGAAGAAGAGUGGCUCAUCCACUACAUGCUGGGCAAGAUUGCUGAGAAGCGCGAGUUACCUCCUAAAGACUACCUGCAGCUCUACAAACAGUCUGCCCAUUAUCUCCAUGAAGAGGCUGCCAGAUACCCCCGAAAAAUCCACUACCACAACCCACCUGAUCUGGCCAUGGAGGCGCUAGAGCUCUUCUUCCGAUUGGCUGCUACCAUUCUAAAGCUGCUUGAGGAAGAGCCUGAUGAAGUGGUGGAACCAGCGAAGAAUGUUCUGGAUUAUGAGCUUUUCUUCAAUAUGCUCGCCGAAGCUGCGGUUGGACCCUUUGCUCGAGGAGAGGAGAAGAGCAUGCCCAAAACCAGUGACAAGGAAAAACUCCCGUCUUUAAACGACGAAGACUCCCACUCCUCCUUGACUGGUGUGGCAGCGGUGAUGUCCUCCACAAUGGCCUCCAGGUUGACCGCUGUCCACGCGGCGACGUCCUUGCCGGGCGACGGUGCGGCAGGUGUGACUUCCCCCCCGUGUGCGGUCACUCCGAUCGACCAUGAUUACGCCAAAUGUAAAAAGCUGCAGCAGAGGCAGGGGCAGCCGCAGGACGGAGUAAAACAUGCCUUGUCACGCAGAUGGAUGCAGCCACCCUCAGCUAACCCUUCUCACGACCACAAUUACUGCGGGUCUGCGUCUGCUUCACGAAGGCGACCUGCGUAUGAGCAAAGCCAGGAUAGCGUGGCUGUUUUGUCGGACUCCAGCUCCCUUCAGGACGUGUUCUUGGACCCCACCAGUUCGCAGGACAGCAGCCAAAAGCUGGAUUCUGGUAAAUGCCAUGGCUUUUCUGAAGACACCAGCACACUGCUAAAAGACAAGCCAUCGACAGCAGAGGAACCAGGUGCCUCUGAAGAGAAGCAAAUGGACAUCAGCUCUGCCACACUCUCCCAAGAGUCCUCCGUUACCCAGGAGUCUUCAGACACUACCAUGUCCAUCACAUCCCCCGAGAUCAUCAUACCCAAAAGCCUGGCUGCUGAAACACCUAACCAGCCUCCUCCCACACCCCUCCACACUACACCUCCCAAGCAUUGCCCUAUCAACCUGAUGGGGCCUUCCAGUGAGGGAAAGCGCAGACCGGAGCCGCCCACACCGCUGGAACUCCUGGAGGUUCCUCGAUGUCUGCCUACAGGCCGGGUGGAGCAGAAGAAGGUGCUGGUGGACAUGUGUGUGAGAGCACUCUUUGUGUGCCUCGGCCGCUUCCCUCAGCACUAUAAAAGCCUGUAUCGACUCGCCCACCUCUACACCUACAGCAAGACCCACAAGAACCUGCAAUGGGCAAGGGAUGUGUUGCUAGGGAGCAGUGUCCCAUGGCAACAGCUGAAGCACAUGCCAGCGCAAGGACUUUUCUGCGAGAGGAACAAGACCAAUUUGUUCAACGGCAUCUGGCGUAUUCCGGUAGAUGAAAUCGAUCGGCCGGGCAGUUUUGCGUCUCAUAUGAACAGAUCCAUCGUGCUGCUACUGGAGGUUCUGUCUCAUUUAAAGGAUCACGACACGCUGCUCAAAAUCUCCCUCAUGCUCCAGAGAACCCCUGACCAGGGAAAGAAAUAUUUGCGGGAUGUGGACCGGCAGGUUUUGGCCAAACGCGCCUUCUUCUUCACUGUGAAAGUGCUGGAGGACAAUCUGGAUAAACUCACUGCGGUAUCCGAUCCCUCUGCUAAACCUUCUGCCUCCUCCAUGGGUGAAAUGACCACAGCCGACGUUUCCAGCCGGCCUCCUGCCACGGAGGAUCCCAAGUGCUCCCAACCUCCGCGACCUAAGCAAAGCAUCCCAGAGACAGCUUCUGCACCAGGUACGGACGUUGCACCUUCAGAAAGCUCCCAGACCCAACCUGGACAACCUCAACCUUCUUUACUGCCAGGAAACCAGACCCAGGGCCCUGUAGCCUCCUCUCAGCCCAGAGAAGGCAGCUCAGGCUUAGGGGAGCCCAUGGAACUUGGUCACUCUUCACCCUGGAUAAUCACCGCCAAACCAAGGGAACCACAAACGCCUACUGAUGGCAUCCCACAAGAGCAAGGAACCAUUAGAUCAGCGGCAGAGAGGGCAGAGAAAGUUCCAGAAAGCGGUCGGACUCCGGAGUUGUCGCUGGAGGAGCUGAGCAUUAGCUCCAAACAGCAGCAGCAGCAGCUGAUGCAGGUUCAGGCGAGCACAGCUAAAGGGCCGCAUGCUAUGGCAGUCAGCAGCACCGUUGGCCAGAUUGGCAGUCAGGAUUUGGGUUCGCUGCGGCGGCCAAGCAGAAAGAGGAAACUGCUGGAGGACGUGGAGUCGGGCAAGACGCUCCUGUUAGAUGCUUACAGGGUUUGGCAGCAGGGACAGAAGGUCAUGACUUACGACCUCGGACGCAUUGAGAAGAUCAUGUCGGAGACGUACAUGCUGAUCAAGCAGGUGGACGAGGACGUGGCUUUGGAUCAGGCCGUGAAGUUCUGCCAGAUUCAGAUGGCGACAUCGACACAAAGACAGAAUUCCAGUGAUGCCCCCAUCACCCCCAAGUUCAGCAAAGAGCAGCGAGACAUUUUCUUCCCUGCUUCCUUCUCAUCUCCAUGCCUGCACAUGCACACACACCCUCUACCUGCCCAGGACCAUGACGGCAAGCUGAACAAGACUCCACGACCACUUCACACACACUCCCAUACACACUCACACUCGCAUACGCCCAGCACACCUACGCAGCUCUACUGCCAGCCUGUGACACCGCAGGACCAAUCCCAGCCCAGGACGACGCACUGUCAGCCAAUAGCAAGCAUGGCGUUCCUACCCCAUACAGAGGACAGAGAAGCCUCAGCUCCAGAGGGUCUGGUGUACAGACAGCAGGAGUCACACUUGUGUCAGCAGAUGAAGAUGGCCACAGUCUCACAGAGUCACGACACACAGGAGUGGGGCAGCAGUGAGCCAGCUACCUGCUCGACACACACCAGCAGCACAGAGAGUGUUGACCCGUUGAAGCAGGGGGACUCCAGUCGGGUGCGCUCCAGAAUCCCCCCCAACAUGCCCAAACUGCUCAUCCCCUCCACAGCCACCAAAUUCCCCCCAGAGAUAACGGUCACGCCCCCAACGCCCACCCUGCUCUCACCCAAAGGCAGCAUCUCCGAGGAAACCAAACAGAAGCUGAAAAACGUUAUUCUGGCAUCUCAGUCGGCAGCUAAUGUAAAGAAAGACACCCUGGCGCAGCCGGCGCUGGAGGUGCAGGAGACGUCCAGCCAGGAGUCCUCGCUGGACAGUGAGUCUGACGAGGAGGAUGAUUACAUGGACAUUUGAACUUGGACCUUGUCUCCAGAGGGCGCCAAAGAGCCCUGGACAACCCUUUAAAGGCACUCAGGAGGCAAACCUGUUCCUCUUUCUCCUUUCUUUCUCUCUUUCCACCAACUUUCUCUUGUUUAUUCUCUUGUUUUCCCUGAUUCCGCUGCGAUGUCUGUGCACUUGGUCUCUUUGUCCUGCGGCGGUAUGCACGUUCUUCCGCAAAAGGGCUUUUCUCCUUUUCUCCAGACAUGGCUCUAUCUCAAGCUAUGUUUUUAAUUUUUGCUUUUUUGUUUGUUGUUUUUUCGUUUUUUGUCGUAAAUCGACGAUUCUGCAAAAGUGCCAUUUUUGACUCCACAAGUAUAGAAGAAAUAAACACACAAAAUCUGCAGCUAAACAACGAUCUGUGGGCCAAAAACGGAGCCAACAUACAAGUGACUUUCUUACACAACCCAGAGGCUUUUAUACCAGGGACCUAUGCAGACAGUCUGUUUAAUGCAAACACAGCCGGGGGGCAUUAAAUUAAAUGCACUAAAUGGACAAAAGUAUUGGGAUGCCUGCUCAUUUCUGUUUCUUCCUAAAUCUAAAGUAUAAAAGAGGGUUUAUCCUGCUUUUUUACUGCCCAGGGAAAGCGUUCUACUAGAUUUUGGAGAUUUGCUGCUGUUCAGCUCAACCUAAAAGUACUGGAUGGAGCACCAUCAUUCCAGUUCCAGUGCUCCACAGCUCACUGCUGCGGAGCUUUUGAUUUUUCACAUUCCUUGCAUUAGAGAUGGUGCCAAAAGCUUAAUGUUUAUCAGCUUCAGAGAGUCUGUAUACUGUAGACUAUUGGAAGUACAUAUAUAAAGGGACUACACAAGCUGUGUGUGUGCAUUUGCACAUCUGGGUCAGCAAGCUCUACAAAUUAAAGUAGUGCAUUCAUCAGCAGGGGUAUCCACAAACAUUUGCACAUAUAGUGUACAUUAGAGUUUUGUUCCUCUAUUUUUUGAUAGAAACAUCGAAUAGCUGCAGUCAGUCCAUGAAAUUGGAGUUUACAACACAAGCAAGGUGCUUCGACUCACAGCUGAGCUGCAGUGACUGCAACCAAAUGUGUGGGUAUUUGGGUUGAUCUUGUUGUUCUUUCUUGCUUUGAAGCAGUCAGCAUGCAAGCACUGUAUUUUUUUAGAUGUGUAUGUGUGUGUGUGUGUGUUUUUUUUUACACGUGUUACUAUGUACUGGGUGUUUAGGGUUGACGUUGUGGUAUCCAUGGUGAAGCCCCUUGCUUUGAGCAUGGCUGCCUCUGCUUGUGUUACUGUCUGUGCUUUAGCUACCAGCUUCUUCAAGACUUCGUCUAGUCUGACCUGCUAACGACGGCAUGAGUUAACACUUUUCAGUAGCGUUGACGGAUACAUUUUUUAAAACAGGUUGUAAAAAGGUUUUUCCACCAAAGUUUACUUUUAACAGAUUCUUAAUAGAAGAAUGGUUUGGCCUGGCUCCGCCUAUCAGUACAUUUGUAUUUUUGAAGUUUAAUUGUUUAUUUGAGGUUGGACAAGCUUUAGAAUAGGUUAGCAAAAACCUUAUUUAAACUGAUGACACAUUUUAGACUGAUUAUAUACUUUUUGAAAUUUAAUGCUAAUUGUAGUAGCUUAUCAUGACUACACAGAACAAAACUGACACUGCUGUAUUUUUUUUUGCACUGUAAGGCGCACUGGAUUAUAAAGUGAACCGGAUUAUAAGGCAAAUUUUAUGCGACUCUAUUUGGGCACAGCGGUAUUGCAAUUUUUUCCUUCUAAUUCAGCAGGUCUCACUGCUGGGUGGCAAGACCUGUAAAGCUAAGCUAAGUUAUGUAAGAAUGUAUGUAAUUAUGUAAUUCUUAAAAGUCAAACGAGAGCUGGUUGUUAAUCUGCACAAAUUUCUCUCCUGAAAACUGUUUAUUUGUGUGAGUAAAUUGCUUCUCUUUAUUUACAGUAAGUUUAGAUUUCCAGAUUCCCGCUAAAGCUGGAGCAUUAGCGGCUAACCGCUAAGGGUUAUGCUCAUACUGCUUUAGCUGUGCUAGCCUGGGUUUGCAGCAGGCCACAGAACAAUAAUACUCACCUAAUCACAGCUGAAGAGCUAGCGCUUAGUGCGGUUAGCAGGUAAUGCUAAUGCAGUUCCAGCAUUGCUAGUCGGGGUGAGCAGCAGGUUACAGGCUGAUAAUAUUUACCUCUAACCGGCCAAAGAGCUAGCGCAUAACAGGGUAAGCGGCUAAUGCUAAUACUGCUGGAAAACUAAACUGAGACUCCUGUAUAAAGCUGUACUGUAGUGGAGUGGCUUUACUGCUUUUUACAACCUGACUGGUGAAAUUCAUACAUAAGGCUCAUCGGAUUAUAAGGCACACUGACUAUAUUUGGGAAAAUUAAAGGAUUUAAGUGCGCCUUAUAGUGUAAAAAAUACGGCAUUUGUUUUAUUUUGUCGCCACGUAAAAUAUUGUGGAUCAUGUCUUUUUUAAUAUGAUGAUGUUAUAUUGCAAACGUUAAAUAUAUAUAUAUUUAAAUGCUAACAUACAAUACUAUGCAUGGGGUGUAAACACAUCUUUAUUCUAUAAAAUAAUUUAUAGAAGAGGUGUUCUAUUGUUAAACAUAAAUACAGUAAAAAGUAACUAAUAUUUUUAAAAGGAAGCAUUUUAGAUCUUGUGAGCUAGCUUGAAGAACAAAACUUGGUAUAAGAUUUUUUGCCAAUUUAUGGAUUUUUUUAAUUCAGUUCUCAUUAAAUAAAAAAAACAGUCUAGCUGUGUUUUCAAAACUGCACAUUUUAAUCUGGUUGAAUUGGACUCUGGUUCGAUUUCACCCUUGGUGCGAUACAUUUGAGCAGAUGUGAACAUAGUUCCGGUAAUUGGACUUGGCCAUAAGUUUGUGGUCAGGACGUGAUCUGAGCUUGAUUUGACCUAACUAUCAGCUAACUAUGCUCUGCAAAUUAGAACUAAACAUCUAAUUCAGCAUUCUACAGGUGUAGUUUAACCUGGCAUAUUGCCCAGAUAAAAAGUUACUAUAGCUAUGAACAAAUGCCAUGUCAGUUGUCGUUUCUUGUUGAACUGCACAGAAAUUUGCACUAGCCUAGAAAACAGGACCUUCUUCUUGUAUUUACUUUUUUUGCUCCCAACCUGGACAGGUCUGCCAAGUAAACAGAGAGAAUUUUGCAUGUGGUUUGUAAAGAUACCUUUUGGUGCGUUUAAACCAAACCAAGGGGCAGUGCGCCAAGUGUAGCGCUCCAACUGUAGAUUUGAAAACAUUAAAGAAGGUUCUUUUUGACCUCUUUCUAUAAAGCUUGUUCACUCUUAAUAACCUAUUUUUCGGCAGGCAUGGAUCAGUUCAGAGAAGUUUUGGUACUGACUCUCUACUCUUCUUUGUAUAACACACACAAGUCUUGUUCUAUCUUUGUCUGUAACAUUUUCUUUUGUACUUGUUGUUACUCUGUAUUUCCUUUUUGUCGAAUUUGGAAUUGUAGCUGAAAGAGAAAGAAAGAAAGAGAGAGAGGAAGAGGGAGAGUUAAAAACAUCCAGGCUUAAAGUCCUGCCACCAGCAUUGUGAAGGAGUGUGGGUUUGUACAUAUCACCACACUUAGAACUGAUUAUCUGCACCAGUUUAGUUUUAAAGGAGUGUGAGGGUUUGGUAUUUUGUAGUGGUAUAGAUUAUAGAAAGGUUUUAAAGAGAUUUACUUCUGAUUAUGAAAAAAGAAAACUUUUGAAUUUACUUGAUUGAAGUGUGUACAGGAUUUCCACAUGUAUGAAAUAUGUUGCAUCAUGUAUAUUGUGUUGAUGUAAUAUAUUUUUACAGUCACAUCAAAACCUAAAUUGUAUUUCCCUUUUUUUAACUCUGUUUGAAAAUGGCAGCUGCUCUUCAUAUGAACAUUUCAUAAUGAAUGAACCAGUAGAAACGGCCCACAGGUGCUCCUGGUCCACUCAUUACAUUAGCAUACAUUGAAGUUAAGAAAGACACUGUUAAGUUGCCAUUUAGAAAUAACAAAGGUCCUGUUACAACAGCACCAAUAUUAUAUUAAUGUGUAAAUCAGGGAUCAGGGAAAAGUACAAUACUUUUGUAUUUUAGUAAACAUAGAAUUACCGUUAGUAAAGAGUACUUGAGUAAAAGUCUAAGUGCUUAUAAUAAUUUCACUUUCUAAAUGAGUUAUAAGUAAAAAAAAAAAUGAAAUGAAUGCAUGUUAUAUCAGUCAUGGUUCUGUUUACAACAUCGGCCUCUAUUAAAAGAACUCAUUUAUAGCUAGAAUUGAUUUAUUACCUUCUUGAUAAUAUUGAUGAAGCACUUUAACUCAAGUAAAUGUUUACCAAAACAUUUCUACAGAAGUUCUGACCCUACUUCCACCUGAUGGUAACACUGUACACAUUUGAAUCCAGUAGAUUUGGUGCAUUUUUUUUUUUUGUAUUUUUCCACUGUAUGAAAAACAAGUAUUCCAGACAAAGUGUGGUGCAGUGCUGAUCUGGCUGUAGAGCAUUAUGCGCAUGUCUGAGUGAGAACGGAGAGUAUAUAUUUUUGUGAGAAACUUAUUAAAACACAUUAUGUGUUGUGCUGAAUGCAGCUCGGCUUUGCCUUCCCCUUACAGACUAUAGAUCACGUUGACCCAAACAGCCGAAGGUUUUUCUUGUUUUCUACAGGAACGUUUUGUACAAGUAGAUGGACAAAUAGUAUUGCAAUGGUAUUUUUUUCAAAUUGUGGAAUUUCGAAGAUUUUUUUUUUUUGCAGAAUAAGGAAGAAAAGCUAGAAAAAAAGAAUUGUAAAUUCAGUGGACAUUUAUACACACACAGACACACACACGCCUGACCAAACUACCUGUAAACAGAAGAAGAUGUUUGUAUUUUUCUCUGGAUUAUUUGAUUAUUUGACUAUUUUGUUAUGGCUCUGCUGUGCUUGUACCGAGAAUGUAUGUAUCUGAGUGGAGGAGACGGGCCUUCUACUGUGCUCAGACUUGUUCUACAGAGGGUUGAUAUUUUCUCUUUAUUUUCUGACUUGCUGCAUUAAAAAAAAUAUAUCACUUGAUAA